AUGUCGUAUCUAUCUAUCUAUCUAUCUAUCUAUCUAUCUAUCUAUCUAUCUAUCUAUCUAUCUACAGAAAGAAAGAAAGAGAGAGAGAGACGGAAGUGUCCUGGGAGAAAAGGAAUAUAUUUACUUCUUAAUCCAACAUCUACCUCCUAUUCCCUUCAGAAUAACCAAAAUUUGCAAAUAUUUCCUCCGCUCUCAUUUUCAUUCUCACCUCACCUUUCCCUUAUUUCAUUUCUCUCGACAUUCUUUUCUCUCUCCCCUCUCUUAUUCCUUCCCAGUCGCUUUUCUCUUUUAUUUCCUCAAUUAUUAAAUCCUUCUUACAUUUCUUUUUGCAAUCUCACUUAUUUCUUCCCCCUUAUCAUUCUUUUUCUCCACUCCCUCUGUCUUUUCCUCCUACCUUUCUUUUUCUCCACUCCCUUAUUCCUUUCCUCCUACAAUUCUUUUUUCUCCACUCACUCAUUCUUUCCUCCUACCUUUCUUUUUCCCCACUCCCUCAUUCCUUUCCUUCUACCAUUCUUUAUUCUCCACCCCCUCAUUCCUUUCCUCCUACCAUUCUUUUUUCUCCACUCCCUCAUUCCUUUCCUCCUACCAUUCUUUUUUCUCCACUCCCUCAUUCCUUUCCCCCACCAUUCUUUUUUCUCCACUCCCUCAUUCCUUUCCUCCUACCAUUCUAUUUCUCCACUCCCUCAUUCUUUUCCUCCUACCAUUCUUUUUUCUCCACUCCCUCAUUCUUUUCCUCCUACCUUUCUUUCUUCUCUACUCACUCAUUCCUUUCCUCCUACUAUUCUUUCUUCUCCACUCCCUCAUUUCUCCCCUCUUACCUUUCUUUUUCUCCACUCCCUCAUUCUUUUCCUCCUACCUUUUUUCUUCUCCACUCACUCAUUCCUUUCCUCCUACCUUUCUUUCUUCUCCACUCACUCAUUCCUUUCCUCCUACCAUUCUUUUUUCUCCACUCCCUCAUUCCUUUCCUCCUACCAUUCUUUUUUCUCCACUCCCUCAUUCUUUUCCUCCUACCAUUCUUUUUUCUCCACCCCCUCAUUCCUUUCCCCUUACCAUUCUUUUUUCUCCACUCCCUCAUUCCUUUCCUCCUACCAUUCUUUUUUCUCCACUCCCUCAUUCUUUUCCCUCCUACCAUUCUUUUUCUCCACUCCCUCAUUCCUUUCCCUCCUACCAUUCUUUUUUCUUCCUUUCCCCUCAUUCCUUUUUCCCCACCAUUCUUUUUUUUUCUCAACCCUCCCUUUCAUUCCAUUCUUUUUCCCUCCCUACCAUUCUUUUUCUCCACUCCCUCAUUCUUUUCCUCCUACCAUUCUUUUUUUUCCACUCCUCAUUCUUUUCCUCCUACCAUUCUUUUUCUCUUUUUCCUCUCAUUCCUUUCCUCCUACUAUUUCUUUUCUUCUCCACUCCCUCAUUUCUCCCCUCCUACCUUUCUUUUUCUCCACCCCCAUUCUUUUCCUCCUACCUUUUUUUCUUCUCCACUCCUCAUUUCUUUCCUCCUACCUUUUUUUCUUCUCCACUCACUCAUUCCUUUCCUCCUACCUUUCUUUCUUCUCCACUCACUCAUUCCUUUCCUCCUACCAUUCUUUUUUCCACUCCCUCACUCCCUCAUUUUUUUUUCCUUUUUUUACUCCUACCAUUCUUUUUUCUCCACUCCAUCAUUCCUUUCCUCCUACCAUUCUUUUUUCUCCUUUCCCCUCAUUCCUUUUUUCCCCUUACCAUUCUUUUUUCUCCACUCCCUCAUUCCUUUUCCUCCUACCAUUCUUUUUUCUCUCCCUCCCUCAUUCUUUUCCUCCUACCAUUCUUUUUUUUUCUCCCUCCCUCAUUCCUUUCCUCCUACCAUUCUUUUUUCUCCACUCCCUCAUUCCUUUCCUCCUACCAUUCUUUUUUCUCCACUCCCUCAUUCCUUUCCUCCUACCAUUCUUUUUCUCCACCCCUCAUUCUUUUCCUCCUACCAUUCUUUUUUUUUCCACUUCCCUCAUUCUUUUCCCUCCCUACCUUUCUUUCUUCUUUUUCUCCCUCCUCAUUCCUUUCCUCCUACCUUUCUUUUUUCUCCAUUCUCCCUCAUUUCUCCCCUCUUCUUUCCUUUUCUUUUUCCCACUCCCUCAUUCUUUUCCUCCUACCUUUUUUUUUCUCCACUCCUCAUUUCUUUCCUCCUACCAUUCUUUUUCUUUCCCUUUCUUUUCCUCUCACCAUUCUUUUUCUCCCCUCAUUCCUUUCCUCCUUUUUUCUUUUUUUCUCCACUCACUCAUUCCUUUUCCUCCCACCCAUUCUUUUUCUCCAUUCUCCCCUCAUUCCUUUUUUUCUCCUACCAUUUUUUUUUCCAUUCUUCUCCAUUCCUCAUUCUUUUCUCCUCCUACCAUUUUCUUUUUCUCCACCCCUCAUUCCUUUCCCCCUUACCAUUCUUUUUUUCCACUCCCUCAUUCCUUUCCUCCUACCAUUCUUUUUUUCUCCACUCCCUCCCCUGAUUCCUUUUCUCCUACCAUUCUUUUUCUCCACUCCCCUCAUUCUUUUCCUCCUACCAUUCUUUUUUCUCCACUCCCUCAUUCUUUUCCUCCUACCUUUCUUUCUUCUCUACUCACUCAUUCCUUUCCUCCUACUAUUCUUUCUUCUCCACUCCCUCAUUUCUCCCCUCUUACCUUUCUUUUUCUCCACUCCCUCAUUCUUUUCCUCCUACCUUUUUCUUCUCCACUCCUCCUCAUUCCUUUCCUCCUACUAUUCUUUUUUUUCUCCACUCCCUCAUUUCUCCCCUCCCUACCUUUCUUUCUCCACUCCCCUCAUUCUUUUCCUCCUACCUUUUUCUUCUCCACUCCUCAUUUCUUUCCUCCUACCUUUCUUUCUUCUCCCACCCUCAUUCUCUUUCAUUCCUUUCCUCCUACCUUUCUUUUUCUCCACUCACUCAUUCCUUUCCUCCUACCAUUCUUUUUCUCCACUCCCUCAUUCCUUUCCUCCUACCAUUCUUUUUUCUCCACUCCCUCAUUCUUUUCCUCCUACCAUUCUUUUUUCUCCACCCCCUCAUUCCUUUCCCCUUACCCAUUCUUUUUCUCCCUCAUUCUCCCUCAUUCCUUUUCUCCUUUCCUCUUCCUCUCUUUUUUUUUCUCCACUCCCUCAUUCCUUUCCUCCUACCAUUCUUUUUCUCCACUUCCUCAUUCUUUUUCCUCCUACCAUUCUUUUUUCUCCACCCCUCAUUCUUUUCUUCCUACCUUUCUUUCUUCUCUACUCACUCAUUUCUUUCCUCCUACUAUUCUUUCUUCUUCACUCCCUCUUUUCUCCCCUCUUACCUUUCUUUUUCUCCACUCCCUCAUUCUUUUCCUCCUACCUUUUUUCUUCUCCACUCACUCCUUUCUUUCCUCCUACAUUUCUUUCUUCUCCACUCACUCAUUCCUUUCCUCCUACCUUUCUUUCUUCUCCACUCACUCAUUCAUUUUCAUUCUAGCUUUCUUUUUUUCUCCACUCUCUCAUUCCUUUCCUCCUACCUUUCUUUUUUUCCCUUCACUUAUUUAUUUCGCCUCAGCAUUCCUUUUCUCCCUUCAUUUAUUCCUUCCAUUUUACCUUUCUUUUUUCGUCCCCUUAUUCCUACGUCUGACAUUUUUAUUUGAUCCCGCCUGUAUUCCUUUCCACUUAACUCGCUUUUUCAUCUCCUUUAUUCCUUCUCUUUCUUUCGUUCUUUCUUUCUUUCUUUCUUUCCUCUUUCCUUUUUUUUUCAUUUUCUCCAUCUCAAUGUUUUUUUUUUCUUUUUAUUAA